UGGGUCGAGCUAGCUGUGACCUGCACCAAGCUGACUGCGGCGUAAGGGAACUGUUUAUUUAGGCUGUGAUAACUUGUCAUUGAAAAUUCUUACCGCAGAAGUUAGACCAGGUCGCCCAUAAAUGGGUUGUAAGACGAACUGUGCAGUUUUCGUAGUUAUUGCCAGUGUUUCAGUGGCAGUUAUUCCCACUCUUGUUAGUCGAUUCUUGUUUUCUGUUGGUGAACCCCCGCGUUUAGAACUCAAACAAUGGUGGGGCAGAGGACAAGAAACAGACCACGAACUUGAGGUGACCACUAUUAAAGAAUUCUCCAUCAGCUUGUCAAACGAAGUUCUGAAUGAUCUCAAGGAAAGAUUAUCCAAGACUUACUUCUUUGAAAACCUGGAAGGAAUCGAUUGGGAAUACGGUAUCAACCCGGACUACGUGAAAGAGUUAGUGGAAUACUGGAGAACGAAGUACGACUGGCGCAGACAAGAAGAAAUUCUCAACACUUACAAACAUUACAAGACCAAAAUAAGUGGACUGGAUGUUCACUUUCUGCACUAUAAACCUGAGGUGAAGGAAGGUCAACGACUGCUGCCUAUUAUGUUGGUACAUGGGUGGCCAGGGUCGUUUUAUGAAUUCUACAAAGUCAUCCCAAAGCUGAUAGCCGCUUCAACAGAUGAUUAUGCAUUUUCGGUCAUUUGUCCAUCGAUUCCAGGCUAUGGUUUAUCAGAGGCACCGCAUAAGCCAGGCUUUGAGGCAUUUGCAGCUGGCCGCAUUUUUUGCAAGUUGAUGAAGCGCCUUGGAUACGAGUCUUACUACAUUCAGGGUGGUGAUUGGGGAAGUGCGAUUACAAGAGCGAUGGCGCUAAUGAAUCCAAGUCAAAUCCGUGGGCUUCAUCUGAACAUGUUCGGUAUAAUCUUCCGUGGACCAUUGUCAUUUAUUCAGGCCAAACUCUUCUUCCCAGAGAAGGAACAAAAGAAGGUUUUCCCUGUAAUGAAUUUGCUAAUUAAAAUGCUACGUGAAGGAGGUUAUUUCCACAUACAAGCAACGCGCCCUCAUUCCGUUGCGUUAGCAACCAAUGACUCCCCUGCUGGCCUAGCUGCAUACAUAGUGGAGAAGUUUGCAAUGUGGAGUGGCUGUAAUUUGACUAGUGACACUGCAUUCUGUUUGGAAUCCUGCUUUACAAAGGAUGAACUGUUGACAAAUGUGAUGAUCUACUGGAUAACACAUUCAAUUGCUUCUUCAAUGAGGCUCUAUUAUGAAGCUAUGCACAGACAUGAACUUCGUUCUGCAUUAAGGAUUCCCAUUACGGUUCCAGUAGGAUUUGCUGACUUUCCACAUGAACUUUUUCCCGUCCCAGAACCCUGGAUUCACAAUUCAUUCCUUGAUGUGGUUCAGUACACAGAGAUGCCUCGCGGUGGGCACUUUGCUGCCUUUGAAGAACCUGAGAUCUUUAGUAACGAUGUCAUUCAGUUUGUUGAAAAGGUAGAAAAGCGCAUUGCAGCAAAAAAACAAGAGCAGCCAUUGAAGCAAGCUACAAGUCAUUAAAGAGUCAACAAGGAAACAAUCCUGAGCUGCCUAUUGUGAUUUUUAUUACCUGUAUAGUUACAUGACAUUACUGAGUCUCUGAAUUUGCUACACUUACCAUUCAUUCUGUAUAAUGUUCUCUUGAGAAUAUAUUUGCAGAAAAUCGCUUCGGCUUUCAUUGAAACAGUGAAAUUUCAGGCUUGUGUAGGAGUAAAUCCUAGAUUAUCUUUAGUUCCUACAAUGAUCAACUCUAAUAAAGUCCUACUGAAAAGAAA